UUAAAUACUUAGCGAAGUAAAAAUUAGUGUAGUGUAACACAGGUUUUCUCUGGGAACAGGUCGACAACGCAUGCAAACCUUUAACCUGAGAAGAAGAAUCUCAGGCAAGUCCUACGUAUCAAAAUGGCGUCUGUGGAUGGAAGGCCAGCUCAGUAUGGGAUAUCCCUAAAACAGCUCCGCGAGGUGAUGGAAUUGCGAGGUCAAGAGGCCGUUGAACAGUUACGUCAUUAUGGCGGAGUGCAACAGUUGUGUAAAAAACUCUACACUUCAUCCACGGAAGGAUUAUCCGGUUCGCCGAAGGACAUCGAACAUCGGCGAGAAACAUUCGGAUCCAACACGAUUCCACCCAAGACGCCAAAGACCUUCUUGAGAUUGGUGUGGGAAGCGUUGCAAGAUGCUACCCUCAUCAUCCUUGAAGUCGCAGCCAUCGUCUCGUUACUGUUAUCAUUCGUGCCUUCCACUAGCGACGAUGAACUCGGCCAUGAAGAGAACAAAGCUCAUGAAUGGAUCGAGGGCCUCGCCAUUCUGAUAUCCGUCAUAGUCGUCGUCUUGGUAACUGCCUUCAAUGAUUAUACCAAGGAGAGACAAUUCCGCGGACUGCAGAGCCGCAUCGAGGGCGAGCACAAAUUCGCCGUUCUGCGGGGAGGCGAGAGCAGCCAAAUCUUUGUAGGCGAGAUAGUCGUCGGCGACAUCUGCCAAGUGAAAUACGGAGAUUUGCUGCCGGCUGAUGGCAUUUUGAUUCAGAGCAACGAUUUGAAAGUGGACGAAUCAUCGCUAACGGGCGAAUCGGAUCAUGUCAAGAAAAGCGAAUUGACUGAUCCAAUGCUUCUUUCCGGUACUCACGUCAUGGAAGGUAGUGGCCGGAUGUUGGUAACGGCCGUUGGCAUCAACUCGCAGGCUGGCAUCAUUUUCACCUUGUUAGGGGCGGCCGCUGAUGACAAGAAAGCUAAGGCUAAAAAACGGAAGAAAGGGGACAGUCUAAGAGGAGAUAGUGAGCAGGGCAAUGUAAGCAGCAACAGUCAGACGGAUCAUGAAGGAAACAUAUCGACGAGCAAACAGGGAGCAAUGGAUGAAUCCGUUGGUCCAACUGGCGAUGCCGCAGUAAAGGAAAAAAGGUCGAGUCAUAAAAACAAAUCUGUCCUACAAGCCAAACUGACAAAAUUGGCCAUUCAAAUUGGUUAUGCUGGUUCGGCGGUUGCCAUAUUAACGGUCAUCAUAUUGAUAACCACCUUUUGUAUCAAAACUUUCAUCUACCAACAUCAACCGUGGAAAAACGAGUAUAUCAAUAACUUUGUCAAGUUUUUCAUCAUCGGUGUCACCGUUUUGGUAGUCGCCGUCCCAGAGGGUCUCCCCUUAGCCGUGACUCUAUCUCUGGCGUACUCUGUUAAAAAAAUGAUGUUAGACAACAACUUGGUGCGACAUCUAGCUGCCUGUGAGACGAUGGGCAAUGCAACGACAAUCUGUUCAGAUAAAACGGGAACUCUGACAACAAACAGGAUGACCGUUGUUGCUUGUUAUGUCGGAGGACAACACUGCAAAUCCAUCCCGGAUUAUGACUCGCUUCCACCGCAAGUGGCCAAUCUUGCCAUUCAGGCUAUCUCUAUCAACAGUGCUUAUACCUCAUGCAUUUUGAACGCGGAGUUACCCAAUGAACCCAUCAAGCAGGUGGGCAAUAAAACGGAAUGCGCCAUGCUCGGUUUCGUGCUGGAUUUAAAGAAAUGCUAUCAGUCCAUUCGUGACGAGCAUCCAGAAGACUCUUUCCAUCGCGUAUACACCUUCAAUUCGAGCCGAAAGUCGAUGAGUACCGUCAUUGCUCGUGAGGGAGGCGGUUACCGCGUCUUUACCAAAGGUGCAUCUGAAAUGGUGCUGAAAAAAUGCGCGUUCAUUUAUGGUGCCAAUGGAGAAUUGGAGAAGUUUUCUCAUGAAAAUCAGGAAGAACUCGUACGAAACGUCAUUGAGCCGAUGGCGUGUGAUGGUCUGCGCACAAUCGCGGUUGCAUACCGGGAUUUUGUACCUGGCGAAGCCGAAAUCAGUCAAACCCAUUAUGACAACGAACCCAACUGGGAUGAUGAGGAUGCAAUUAUUAAUAAUCUAACCUGCAUGCUCAUCGUCGGCAUUGAAGAUCCUGUUCGACCUGAGGCUCCAGAAGCCAUUCGGCAGUGUCAACAUGCUGGUAUUACGGUGCGCAUGGUGACGGGCGACAAUGUCAACACAGCUCGAUCCAUCGCCAUCAAGUGCGGGAUCGUCACACCCGGCAUGGACUACCUCAUUAUCGAUGGCAAAGAAUUUAAUCAACGGAUUCGGGAUUCUAAUGGCGAGCUCCAACAACACUUGCUUGAUCAAGUCUGGCCUAAAUUACGAGUGUUGGCACGCUCAUCACCCACGGACAAGUACAACCUGGUUAAGGGAAUUAUUGACAGCAAGAUAUCCGGCAAUCGAGAAGUAGUGGCAGUGACAGGAGACGGUACGAACGAUGGCCCGGCUCUCAAGAAAGCUGAUGUCGGCUUCGCUAUGGGCAUCGCUGGAACGGAUGUGGCUAAAGAAGCGUCCGAUAUUAUCUUGACGGACGACAAUUUUAGUAGCAUCGUUAAGGCCGUUAUGUGGGGUCGCAACGUUUACGAUUCUAUCGCCAAGUUCUUGCAAUUUCAAUUGACUGUCAACAUUGUAGCAGUCAUUGUUGCUUUCCUCGGUGCCUGUUUCAUUCAAGAUUCGCCAUUGAAAGCCGUCCAAAUGUUAUGGGUCAACCUCAUCAUGGACACGUUAGCCUCUCUAGCUCUUGCCACUGAAAUGCCCACUCCCGACUUGCUAAUGCGCAAACCUUACGGCCGCACGAAACCUCUCGUCUCCCGUACUAUGAUGAAAAAUAUUAUUGGACAAGGCAUAUAUCAGUUGACAAUCAUUUUCACUCUGGUAUUCGUCGGCGAAAAAUUUUUGGAUAUCGAUUCGGGCCGAUACAGAACCGAUUCCGAGCCUACACAGCAUUUUACCAUCGUCUUCAACACUUUUGUGAUGAUGACACUGUUUAACGAAAUCAACGCCAGAAAGAUUCACGGCCAACGCAACGUCUUCGAAGGCAUUUUCACAAACCCCAUUUUUUAUUGCAUCUGGAUAGCCACUGCGGGUGCACAGGUGCUUAUUGUGCAAUUUGGUGGUCAUGCGUUUUCGACAGUCCCACUCACGAUCGCCCAAUGGGCUUGGUGCAUCUUUUUCGGCGUAGGAACUCUACUAUGGUGCCAAGUGGUGACGACGGUUCCUACCAAGAAGAUACCCAAGUGCUUCGCGAGUUGGAGUCGUGAAGAAUCGGAAGACAUUUCAAUUGCAAUGGUUGCUCUCGCCGAAGAUAAAGUAGAUGCCGAUGAUGAGAAGAUGCGAACUCGAGGCCAGAUCCUUUGGAUCCGUGGUCUUACACGACUCCAGGCACAGCUGCGAGUAAUCAGAGCCUUCAAGUCUACACAGGAGGACCUGGAAGAAAAGCGAUCCCUACACAGUAUGCAAAGUUUGCGGCGUUCAAGAGGUCAGUUAGGUGUGCGUCCGCUUUCGGACAUCACAUCUGUCGACGGUGAGCCAUUGCUGAGGGUAACCUCGCCCCAGCUUGAAACGGAGACAGAUGUGCAUCAUUGACGCCUUCUGACAGAGGGUUGAUCCGCCAUUGUUGGAGCGGUACCAACCUACUACUGGCAGCGGUGUUACAGCGACAGCCGUUCAUUUCUAUGGCCAACGUUUUGUCGCAUACCUCUUUAACUGACUUUGCUGAACGCUCAUGAAUCAACGGAUAUUGGCAACAGUGAGCGGGAUUACUUGUCGCAUAUGGACAUUAAGCGUCAUGGAACAGCAGAUGGAAACGGCCCUUUGGGUAAAGAAAAAUGGAGUGGGCAUCGUAAAAGGUGGUUUGUGAUUUAAUAAUUUUCAAAUCGAAAAAAAAGAAGACUUACGAAAUAAGUAGUUAAAUAAUUCAUGCGUGCAAGUACUCACUCUGUACCACUUGCAAAUCGUUUUCCUUCGCUUGUUUCGUGAAGUACUUCCGUGUGUAUGUGAGUGCCUUUCUCACUUCCUAGUCCCUUCCGACCCUUGUACCUUAUUCAUUAUUUUGAUUUUACAUCUUUCGCUUCGCAUUAAUAUUUCGUUUCAUUCUGCUCUUAUUUCCAUCCAGAACCUUCAUUUAAAGUCUGCUUUUUUUUUAAUGCUUAUGUAAAUGUGCCAAUGAAAUCUCCGCUUCACUUUGUUUACGUCCUUUGCUUCUUGUGUUUUAAAUUUUUUUUUCUUUGGCUUCGACGAAAUUUGUUUCCAUUGCUUUUUCAAAUCCAACCUUCAUAAAGUGUGUAAUCACAGAAUUCGCCUUUCUCCUU